AUGCAGCCCUCUCGCCAACUGGUGCCUCCAAAUGUCAAUGAAAUAUCUCACUUCGAUGCUUCCCGCAAUUUGUAUGCACUGGUUAAUAUGACUCGGAUGCCUGUACCUCCACAGCUGUCAUGGCCCGAGAACGACGGUGGGCAUGCUCUGAUGCAGUUCUCAGUAUCCGAGUCUGGCCCAGGCUCUGAUAAACAGCUGCCCACCAACAAUGACUCGGAGCCUGAGUUGUACAAUGCAGGCCUGCAGAUGAUGAGCAUGCCUCAACUGCCUCAACAGGACCCCCAGAAUCUUGACGCACCUGCUAUUGGUGCUAUGCACAAUCAGCCCGGGCCAUCUCAGUUUCAUGCUCCCAUGUUUACUGAUACUAGCAUGCAUCUGCAGCUGUACCAUCAGAAUCUUGAUACACCUGCAUUUGGUGCCAUGUACAACAAUGUCAUGAAUCUUAGCAUCGCACAAAGUCCUUAUUUGGCCACAAGGCCCCUGCACUAUUACCCUUCUCCUAACAUGGGUUCCUUCUAUCCUGACUUUAGUGAGCCAGUCAUGUUGAAGGGCAAGGAUGUAGCAUUACCACAAGGCACCAAGCAUGAGCCUCAUCAAGAGGUAAUGUUCGUGGAUGAGGACAUAACAUCUAGUCAACAUGGAGAACAACAUCAGCAAGGCAGCAAGGUGCAAAGCACCUUCAAGUUUCGCGAAUAUCACGGGCCACCAAAGAAGAGGGGUAAAGUGGCCACGCGAAGGGUGGAGAAAUCCAGUUCUCAGUCUCGAGCAUUUAAUUUGGUGCCAUCCACAGCCCUCCCUAUCACUGCAUCAGCACCAUCCACAUCUACAUACCGUGUGGAUCUGGUAUACGACCAAAACAAUACAAAGCACCAGCGCAUUGUCGACUCUGCGGAGCAGUCAAUCAUCACAGAUGCCAUUAAUGAAAACUGCUUAACAGACCUAUCGACUAGACAGCAGUUAGUUCUACAGGAGUUGAGAGCAGCAGCAGUAUCAGAAUAUAAAGAUGAAGACAAGCAAAAGAUUGCAUGCAAUAUAGUCCAACUUGGAUACCAUCUGCGAUCUCCAGCACGGGCAGCCACCACCGAACCUGAACACCAGGCAGGCUUGAUCAUCAUGCUCAUCGACGACACAAUAGUAUUCCUACCCAGAUAUGUUUUUGGUGAGGACGAAGAUACUCAUGAGUUACACUUCCUGGAAAAUGUGAUGGUGUGGAAUGUUUUUCUCAAUACAAUUGUGGAACACAACCUCUACCCCUACCUCCAUAAACUCAACAAAAUGUUUUGCGCAGCUGCUGUGGCUGUCAAAUGUGCAUUGAUGAAGCUUAGGACGGGGAAACUGCUGGAAAUUGACUUUACAUUUCAGAGAUUUAGACACAUAUAUGAGGAUCUACUGAAGCAUAUUGACGAAGACCGUAGCUCAAGGGUUAAUGGAUCCGAAGGGCUUGGCCUUAGCUCGUGCGCUGUGCCCCUUACCCGAGUACAUGCCCUUAAUUUCAGAAUGAAGUCCGAAGGACUUCCGGAGACUGGCUACUCUGGUGGAGUGCUGAAGGACUUCCCAUGGUAA